AUGGCCCGAGCGCUGCCCCUGCUGCUGGCGCUGGCGCUGGCGGCCUGGCCGGGCCCGCGGGCGCCCGCGGCGCGGGGCCAGGAGCCGCCGCACACCCCCGACUGGCGCAUGACACUGAAGACCAUCCGCAACGGCGUGCACAAGAUCGACGUGUACCUCAACGCCGCCCUCGACCUGCUGGGCGGCGAGGACGGGCUCUGCCAGUACAAGUGCGGCGACGGAUCAAAGCCCAUUGCCCGCUAUGGAUAUAAGCCCUCACCACCAAAUGGUUGUGGAUCUCCUCUGUUUGGAGUACAGUUCGACAUCGGUAUCCCUUCGAUGACAAAGUGCUGCAAUCACCAUGACAGAUGCUACGACACUUGCGGCUAUAAAAAAAAUGAUUGUGAUGAGCAGUUUCAGUCCUGCCUCUCCAAAAUCUGCAGAGAUGUCCAAAAAACACUGGGAAUAUCAGAGAGUGUACAAGCUUGUGAAUCGACAGUUCAGCUGCUGUUUGACGCAGUUAUACAUUUAGGAUGUAAACCUUAUUUGGACAGCCAGAGAGCUGCAUGUAUGUGUCAAUAUGAGGACAAAACAGAUCUCUAAACAAAGGAUUUGAGAGCUCAUAGUGCGAAGUAGAAGACUCAUCUGGACUGUGGUCAGUGUACAGUUGCAAAGUUUAAGAUAUUUUGGAAGGUAAUAUAUUAAACAGCGACAUGAAUAUGUUGCUUUGAAAGCCACUGUGAUAUUGCUUUGGCAUAUGUCUGUAUGCUCAGGAUGUCUUACUAGUAUCUUAUUUUUACUUUAAACAACUCAAAGAACUGCAUAAUAGGGAAAUCRGAGAUGCAGAAGAGCUAUAUUGAAUUCUCUGUUUUCUUUAAACRUAGGUCAAAUCUUAAGUUUACUAACAGCUGAUGCAUCUGAUGGCUCCAACAGAAAAGACUGUUUUGUGGGAGUUUAAUGUGACUUUUAAAUAUCCUUUACUUUUGUGCUUUCGGUGAAAUGUCACUAAUAUAAACUGAUUUCRUUUCUCUUUGAUGUGCAUUCUCCUGUGUGAAAAAAGACCAGAAGCCCUUAACAAGAACAUAUACCUGCACUACGUAUUUUUACCUGAUUAUGCAUCAAAUUCAUUUCUGCAGCAC